AACAGGAGCCCGGCUUCAUGUGCCUCCUUAGCAAAAUCAAAGAGGAAAUCUAUACCAAAGAGGCUCUAGUUGCUGUUUAUAGCUCCCAAAGGUCGAGGGGAGAUAUUUCCACUAGUAGAGAGGGUUGCUUCAGGCUGGUGGUGUCCGCACUCUCUUCCAAUCCAGCCGACUGUGAAGCCCAGGGUCUGCACUGGGCUUCGCCCCCUCACUCGAACUACAACUCCCAGGAGUCCCCGAGACCCGGAGAGUGCGCACGCGCGUCGGCGGCGGAGGGACCCAACCCCACAGACCGCGCGGUAGAGGUGGGGACGCCGCUGUCGGUGGAACCGGGCAACUCCCUGGGAGGCAGACACGGGCAUACCGGCUGGUGCUGGUCACCGAGGGGCAGGCUGUCCCCGUAGGUCUGGGAAGGAGGUCGGUGGCCCCAGCGAGUGCCAGUCAGCUUUAAAAAAAGGUAAAACUCACUUCUGUCUAUACUGAAUAGCAAAAAAUAAGUGACUUCGGCCACUGCAAAUCAUGGCACUACCAUUCCGGAAGGACUUAGAGAAGUACAAGGACCUAGACGAAGAUGAGCUCCUUGGGAAUCUGUCAGAAACAGAACUGAAACAACUGGAAACUGUUUUGGAUGAUCUUGAUCCUGAGAAUGCCCUUCUGCCUGCAGGGUUCCGGCAGAGGAACCAGACGUCAAAGUGCUCCACGGGGCCAUUUGAUAGAGAACAUCUCCUGUCAUAUCUGGAGAAGGAAGCAUUGGAGCAUAAGGACAGAGAAGACUAUGUGCCCUAUACUGGAGAAAAGAAAGGGAAAAUAUUUAUCCCUAAACAGAAACCGAUACAGACUUUUGCAGAAGAAAAAGUAUCUCUUGAUCCAGAAUUAGAAGAAGCUUUGACAAGUGCUUCUGAUACAGAACUAUGUGACCUCGCAGCUAUUCUUGGUAUGCACAACUUGAUAACAAAUACACAGUUCUGUAAUAUAGUGGGAAGUAGUAAUGGUGUCGACCAAGAAAAUUUUUCAAAUGUGGUAAAAGGUGAAAAGAUUCUUCCAGUAUUUGAUGAGCCACCAAAUCCAACCAAUGUGGAAGAGAGCUUAAAGAGAAUUAAAGAAAAUGAUGUUCAUCUUGUUGAAGUUAAUUUGAAUAAUAUAAAGAAUAUCCCAAUUCCAACCCUAAAAGAUUUUGCGAAGGCUUUGGAAACCAACACACAUGUGAAGUAUUUCAGUCUUGCAGCCACCCGGAGCAACGACCCUGUUGCUUUUGCUUUUGCAGAUAUGCUAAGAGUGAACAAAAAUUUGAAGAGCUUAAAUAUGGAGUCCAACUUUAUUACAGGAGUUGGGGUUCUAGCACUGAUUGAUGCCUUAAGAGAUAAUGAAACACUGAUAGAGCUCAAGAUUGACAACCAGAGGCAGCAGUUGGGGACCGCUGUAGAAUUGGAAAUGGCCAAGAUGCUUGAGGAAAAUACAAAUAUCCUUAAAUUUGGGUAUCAGUUUACACAACAGGGACCCCGAACCAGGGCAGCUAAUGCGGUAACAAAAAACAAUGACUUAGUUCGCAAGAGACGAGUUGAAGGAGACCACCAGUAAGUUAACCAAGAUAUUAUCUUUGGAAGACUUAAGAAGGUCACCAAGGGUCAUGAUGGUGAUAUCAAAUGUAACAUUUUCCUGGGUAGAAGGGAAAAGACUGGAAAUUUUUUUUUUUAACUACAUAUAUCUUUUUUCUAGUUUAAGUUGUUAACCAGCUUCAAAUUGUAAAAUCAGUAGGUGUUAUUUUGUAUUUUAAAGCAUUAUUUCUACUUUCUGCUAAAAUUAGUUUUAAUUUAGCUUACUUGAAUUGUUUAUGAUGAGAAUUGGAUAGAAAAAUACAAUUGUAAAAAAGUUUAGGAAGUCAUUUUUACAGAACAAUAUUAACACUUUAAGGACCAAUCUUUUUUAAAUCAAAAAGGGAUAUUGCUGUAUCAGAAUUACUGUUGCACUCUUAGGUACCAAGGCACUUCAAAGCUUUUCUUAUUCUGUGACAUGGAGACUUUUCCAUGUUUUAGAAUACGUAAACUUGGCAAAGAGUGUGCUUUUUGCUUCUAUCAAGAAAGCAAAAUGCUAGAAUUUUUAAACAGACAACUCAAACUCUGAUAAUCUGUUUAGAAGAAAAGUAGACCUCUAGGGGAAGGAAGAUGGUCACUGAGCACCCCCGGCUGCUGCACUUGUCUUACGUGUUUCAGCAAUGCCUGGAGCUUUUUAAAUGAAGUCAUCAGCUCGGCUGGGCUGCAUACUUUUUUUAAAGUAUAGUUAUGUUUAUGUCUAAAUUCAUUACAGGUUUUCAUUUUAAUAAUGGGGUGUUAUUUUUGUGAAAACUCAUAGUAGAAGCAUCUGAAUAGGAAAGCUAUUUCUUUCCCUAUAAAAGGUUUACAGCCAAUUCUUGGUUAUUUAGGGUCAAAGAAAAUAAGCUGUUAUUAAACACAUGAAAUCAAAGAUAACUAACAUGGAGUUAGAGGAGUAUGCAAAGUGGUCAUUUAAACUGAUGGUUGCUGUAAAUUAGGAACUAGCAUGCAUAUAAAUUGUGUUGCACAGUAUAGUGAAACAUUCCUACGUGCCAGGCAGUAUUUAAUCACCAUUUGCUAGAAAUUUUUUAACCAAUAAGGAAAACUGCUAUUCUUCGUAAGUCUUAAUUUUGUUUCCUUUCAUCAUGUACUUCUUUGUCCGUAUUGUGUAAAAGUUAUUUGUCAUAACAAAAGAUGUCUUCCUCUCUCUCUGAGUAUUAAAGUGAACAACUGAGCAGUGUUCUGUGGUGGGAAGGCUGCCUCCAGAACCAGCAGCAGUAGAGGGCUUGGACUUGUAUCCCUGCCAUCCCUGGGCAGCCCCUGCAGCAGAAGAUGGCAGAGGCAUUCCAGCUACAGAAGAUGGGCAUGGGCGGGAGGAAUCUAAGUGAUCCUGGCUCAGAAAUUCAGGCCUGCCUGUAUUCAUUUACAGGGAGAUUUUUCUAAAUGGAGGAAUCUCAUUUCAGAGUAUGGGGAGAGGUCUGUUAGUUUAUUAACUUUUUAAAAUUGGAUUACAAAAUAUCCGCUCCUUCAGCUUGGGCUGGACGGUUGGUCUAAUAAACUAGGCAGCUUCUUGUAUACUUUGGCAAUGAGCUUUCUUAACAGGCAAAGCUUCCCUUAUAAGAACUGGAAGCAUUUGCUUUUUUUCAGUUAGUAUCCAGUGUUUUAAAGGGGCCGAAGAUUGACUUGUCACUGUAUUUUUCCAUUGUAGUUAAUGGGCCACUGAUACCCCCCACACCCAAGUUAUCAAGCCUCUCCUUCCCUCCCUCUCUCUGUUUCUCUCUCCUUUUCAUAUACACCUUUGGAAGUGUACUUGAUUUGAGAGACUGCACUGUUUCCGCAGGGUAGAGGAGUCAGCGUGGAGCAGGUGUGUUAGGCUAGCGAUACACUUUCAGCAGGGCCCCCUCACUCGCACUCUCCUCUUAAGUCGGUAAAUUGUUAAUAGUACCCCUUCCUCCCUUAAGUUUUUUUUCAUAUGGAUAGAUGGGACCCUACUAAAAUUCUGUAUCAUACUUAUGGUAGUAUCUUUUUCAUAUACUUAUCAAAUUGUGAAGUUGUUUUGCUUGUACCAUUCCAGUUUUGAGCUGCAAUAGUUCAUUGUUGUAAUUGAAGAUUUCUUCAUAAAUAACUUUAAAGAUGAACACAUCCAACUGAAUAUAGAAAAUCUUUCAAUAAUUGUAAUUAUAAGGGGGAAACUGAUGUUUACUUUGAUCUUUAAAAUUGUGGCACCUCUUAACCUUUUAGUAAUUUUAAGUAUGUCUAUAUUGCUUUGAUAUUUUAAGAGAUUAGCUUUGAGAAAUAGUCUUGAUGUUUAAACCAAAGAUUUUCUAAAACCUUUAGGUCUGUAGUCUAAAUCAGUUUAAACUUCACCUGGUUAUCUAAUCAAAGACAAUUUUUUCCAUUUUUAAAUUGCUAUUUUUUAAAAGCUUUUAAUUUUAUAAACUUUAUAUUCAUAUUUGUCUGAAGUUCUAAUUUUUCCAGUAUGUCUACAUGCAAUUUUAUGUAUUAAAAUAAUAUUAAUAACUAAUAUUGAUAUCAUUAAAAUGGAUUUUGGUGCUGUACACUUGUAGCUAAAGCCUAGUAGAAAUCUAAAGUAUAGGUGAAAUACAUUUUCUAAGGGUGCCUGUCAUUUGAAAGACCAAAUAAACAUUUUGUGUUUUAACAAAUUAGCCAUUUAUAAGAGAUUUUAAGGAGAAUUAUCUUUUUCAUUAAAUGGCAAAAUCUUGUUAUUUGAAUGAAAUAACCUAUAUACCUGCUUUGUGUGAUAAAUGCACUCUGGAAGAGUUACAUGUAAAUAGAAUUCUGUAAAUUAUUUUCCUUUUGACAGCAUAUGAUGUGUUUUCAUUUAAAAAGAGAAGUCCAUGGUAUAAUAAAAAUUAUGAAAGAAAAAUGUUUUGAUAAAAUGUUAGCCAUAUUCUAUUGCACAUUAUAUUUAACCCUUGCUGCUGUUAAAGUAAGCUUGAAAAGAUUCCUGAGGUUUCAUAAAGUCUUAUACUUUUGGUUCUGUGUUUCCAGAGCUGCCUUACUUUUUCCUUAUAAAACCAGGAACCACUGUUACCUUUCAGGAGAUCUGAGGAUCAUGCUGUUUCUGCCAACUAAGAUUUUCUGCAGUUCAACUGCCUUACAAUGCCACUUCGCUUUUAAAGAAAUUUUUUUCAAGUUUGAUUGAUAUAAUUGAAUUAUACAUUGUAUUAGUAACUAUUAGUUUAAGGUGUAAACAUAAUGAUUAGAUGUAUGCAUGUAUCAUGAAAUGAUCAAUACAAUAAGUAUAUUUAUUAUCUGUCACCUCCCAUAGUUAAAAAAUUAUUUUUCCUUGUGAUAAGAAUUUUUAAGAUCUACUCUUAUCUACUCUUUUAGCAACCUUCAAAUAUACAAUACAGUAUUACUAUAGUCACUAUGCUAUACUCCAUCACCAGGACUUAUUUAUCUUAUAACUGGAAGUUUACCUUUUGAUGACCUUCACCCAUUUCACCCACUCUUCACUCCUGCCUCUGACAACUGCCAAUUUGGUCUUGUUUCUGUGAGUUCAGUUUUUAUAGAUUCUCAUAUAAAUGAGAUCAUAUAGUA